CGUCAACAGAACGGCGGUGAUUGCACACGUGUAUGUUCAUACAGGUACAGGUUUGAGCAGUGUUUUCAAAGUCUAACUCAAAAUGGCAUCUCUUAAGGAUAAGGUUGUGAUCAUAACUGGGGCUAGUUCAGGUAUUGGUCAAGGUACAGCCAUCCACAUGGCAAGCCUGGGCUGUAAGCUGACCAUAAGUGGACGAAAGAUGGACAACUUGCAGAAGACGGCUCAGAUGUGUGAAGAACAGGGCUUGGCUAAGGAGAAGAUCCUAAUAGUCGGAGGAGAUGUUACUGAUGAUGCAGCAAUGAGAGAGCUGGUGGAAAAAACAAUUGAUUAUUAUGGACAGCUGGACGUACUGGUGAACAGUGCAGGCAUUGUGAUCAACCAUAACUGUGAAAAUAUCAAAAUUGAGGACUACGACACCAUGAUGAACAUCAACUGCAGAUCAGUGGUAUAUCUGUGUAGUUUAGCUAUACCACAUCUUGUUAAAACUAAGGGAACCAUUGUGAAUGUAUCUAGUGUCACUGGCCUGAGAUCGUUUCCUAAUGUCCUGUCUUACUGUAUGUCCAAGGCUGCAUUAGACCAAUACACCAGGUGUGCUGCCCUGGAGCUCGCACCUAAGCAAGUGAGAGUCAAUGCAGUAAAUCCUGGAGUUAUUGUGACAGAGAUUCACAAACGAGGAGGGAUGAGUGAAGAACAGUAUGCUCAGUUUCUCGCCCGUACCAAAACCACCCAUGCCUUGGGACGACCUGGGACAGUGGAUGAAGUGGCCAAGUGCAUCAGUUUUCUGGCUUCCGAUGAUUCCUCAUUUAUUACUGGUGCCACUGUGCCCAUUGACGGCGGAAGGCAUGCCAUGUGCCCUAGAUAAUACAUGUGCAAUACAUAGAUAGUUGAGUCUAAAAAUUACCUUGUUCAGAAUAUCUAUCUUCAGUACCACAUGCCUUGUAUCGAUGGUGGAAUUUUCCUUGCACAUAUAAUGCGGAGAGGGUGAAAGGGUGACGCUUGACCCGACCCCCCUCUUGAUGCUGUCGAUCCACUGGUUAUAUACUUUUGUCAACUUAAGAACUUUCAAGAGUUAACAUGUAUACCCAAAAUGCAGGGGCAGAUCCGGGAUUAUUUGAAGGGGGGGGGUCCGGGGAUGCAAAGUCGACCCUACUCCCUACCCCAUGCUGAGGGGCCUAGAAAAUUUUGGUAAACGGUACCAUUUGGUACUGUUUAGAACUAGUUAAAGUUCUAAUUUCAAGAGGGGACUAUUGGUGUGAUUUUUUCAGAAAUCGAAGGGGGAGUCAGGUCCCCCCUGACCCCUCCCCUAAAUCCACCUUUGAAAUGAAUUUUAUGUGCCGAAAUGAACCAAUUUAAGACCGGUAAUUGGUUCUUGUGUCUACCCUUAGUACGUGAUACAGCUUUGCAGCAUUAUUCCCACUUUCCUGAUUACGUUAGACGGUUAUAUCUUUUUGUUCUGUUCAUAUGAAUGUGCAGUGUGUGCACUGUAUUCACAUGGCAGCAGGUUUUGCUGCUUUAGGCCCGAGUGUUUAGUUUGCAUAUUGAGAAGACAUUUUAUUGUAAGCAAACAGUAUAUACUGAAGCAGUGAUUGUGGAAGUGCAUCGAUAUCAACUAGUAGACUCACUAAUAUUUACACUUUUAAUGCAGCAUUCUUGAUCUCAAAAGAUGUUAGAAAAUAUUUGCUGAUAACUAUAUUGAAUAAGUGAGUGUUACCGUUAUGUAAAGCCUCUCUUCUGGUCCUUAAAUCAAGUUCGGUCCCUUGGUUCUAAACUGUUUACCAGAGGCUCUGUUCUGGUCCUACACCUGUUACUGUCCAUCAUGACGUGCUCUAACGUGUACCCCAAACGUGUCCUUGGCUGACUCUCUUUUGGGCCCCAAACUUUUUCUGCGGUAUAGUCUUCAUUUGGAAACCUGCCAGUAUGACGUUCGGGGGAGGGGAGGGGAUUAAUUACUUGCAGUUGAGCAACUCAACUAACGAUCAUUUGGUUGAUUCGCGAGAUCAACGGACUAGCUGGCUAUUAUUUCACAGCAUAAAUUGAAAGAUAUAAAUUGCAGAGUAACCUUCUGUCGCAAGGAUACUACUUAUAAUUAUUUAUUCCCUUCAUGCCCCCCCCCCCCGGGUCAAUUGUAAUUAAUACUCCGUAUCUUGAUUAAUGUGGAAGAAUCGAAAGAUGUAAAGAGUGCGCAGACGUGCUUUUGACAGGUCAGGUCACGAAGUAACGGAUACGGCAUCUCAGGCCACAAAAUAUGGCUUCACAGGGCAGUGAGCAAACUCGAGAAAUUUCCCUCACGGAUAAUAUUCCGAGCAUAUAUGGUCACCCUGCUUCCGACAUGUCUUUACAACAAUUCAGUAUCAUUAUACUGAAUUCUAUUACUGUUCUAUUACUGAUGUUGUAUUCAACCAUCUAAUAAAAUUUAAUUGCAGGAUUUUACAAUAUCACUACUUUGCACCAUGGCUAUUAAAUGGCGCAGAGUACAGGUUCCAAACAGGUAUAGCUGCAAACAGUAAAAUUGUUUGAUAUUAUUAAAAAUAUAAACAAUUAUGUUGAUCAUAAUAACUAUAAACCACUCUGCAGGCUAACUGUCUACGGGUUAUUGCCAAGAUGGGUUUAGUUUAUAGCACUCUCCUCUAGUUCGGGACAUUUACAGAAUGUCUUAACCUCUCUCUCUCUCUCGUCAUGAAUCAAAGUCUCUGACAUUUAACAUUAGUAUUUAAAUUCAGGAUAUUUACAGAAAUGUGUGAACAUGAUAUUAAUUCGAGAUAGGAUAUUUUAUAGUGUUUGUAAAUGUUACAAAGGAAAUUACCAAAAAUAUAUAGCUUUCCAUAUUGAGAAGACAUGUUCCUCUACUACCCCUCCUAGAUUUCCUGGCCCGAGGAGCAAUAUAUUUGUCCUAAGCUCUGAAGCUCUGAACGCGCUUGAUAGAAACCAGAUGUGGAGAUAGUGAGAUUUUAUUGCCCGAGCCAGACUACCGACUUUCCAAUCUUAUUACAGGUUGAAGUAAGUGUGGGCGGGGGGUAUAUAUCUUCUUAACCGACCAAGCUAGAUAGUCACGAAACACGAUAAAGUAUAUCAGUAG